AUGGGACGAAAGAACACUAGCCAAGCAGAUGAUGGCGAGUUAUCCAACACAUCGAUACCUUUCGAUAGCGAAUACUCAUUAGGCCAUGAAAAGCUCAUUGAUAUGUUCACCCAAACCCUAGGCAGCAUCCUCAACUCGGAGGAUUUGAAUCAGCAUAUCCAAUCUGUGAAGUCAUGUUUAUACGAUAGAAACUACAUCGAGGCAUUUGACUCUGAUGACAAGAGAUUUGCAUAUGUGUCCAGAUGGACACCUGCUCGUGCAUUGGCAUACACUUCGUUGUUUGCCUCGCUAGAUGGGAUCAAAGAGCUCUUUGAAGACAAGGACAAACAGACCGAAGUAUUAUGUAUAGGUGGUGGAGCAUCUUCUGAACUUGUGGGGUUGGCAUCUGUGUUCUGCAGACAAAAGGAGUACAAUUCGACCUCUGACUCUAGUCUCAAGAUGAAUAUUAUCGAUAUAGCUGAUUGGUCCAAGGUGGUGAACAGUCUCACAAAUUACGCCCAAAAAAAUUGGAUGUAUGAUGGUUCCAAGCUCCAGGCUAAUUUCAUUCAUGAAGAUGUGUUGAACCAGCCCAAAAUCGAUUAUGGUGCACAAAGUUUGAUAACGUUAUUGUUUACUACCAAUGAGCUUUUUGCAGAAAAGAGAAAGGAAACGAUGGCCCUUCUCAACACGUUCAACGCCAAAUGUACCAAGGGCACCCUCUUGUUGAUUGCAGAGAGCGCCGGUUCAUACUCGCAUAUAACUAUCGGUACCAGAAAGUUUCCUGUGCAAUUCUUGAUAGACAUGACUCUUAUCGGGAAACAGGGUGAAAACAACGGACCAUGGGAGUUGAUUGACGAGAGUGAUAGCUGCUGGUAUAGGAUAGAAACUAAGAAGAUAGACUAUCCUAUGAAGUUGGAAAACAUGAGGUUUUUCUACAGACUUUACAGAAAGAAGUAA